GACCGUGCCACACUCCCUCAAUUUUCGCGCACAAACAAGAAAUUUUGGCUGCACUAGAAUUCACUGCCAGAUCCAUCCACCACGCAACACCAAAAAGUCCUUUUCAACACAUCUUCAACAUCGUCCUGAAUUGCGAGCCAAAUUGACCUCUCGCAAACAUGGCGGUUGGAAAGAACAAGAGAUUGUCCAAGGGCAAGAAGGGCCUGAAGAAGAAGGCUCAGGACCCUUUCGCACGAAAGGAUUGGUACUCCAUCAAGGCCCCUGCUCCCUUCAACAUCCGAGAUGUUGGUAAGACCCUUGUGAACCGAACCACCGGUCUCAAGAACGCGAACGAUGCCCUCAAGGGCCGAAUCUUCGAGGUUUCCCUAGCCGAUCUUCAGAAGGAUGAGGAUCACGCAUUCCGAAAGGUCAAGCUACGCGUCGACGAGGUUCAGGGCAAGAACUGCCUGACCAACUUCCACGGUCUUGACUUCACCUCCGACAAGCUACGAUCCCUCGUACGAAAAUGGCAAACUCUGAUCGAGGCCAACGUCACGGUCAAGACUACCGAUGACUACCUCCUCCGUCUCUUCGCCAUCGCCUUCACCAAGCGACGGCCCAACCAGAUUAAGAAGACCACCUACGCCGCUUCAUCUCAGAUCCGUGCCAUCCGAAAGAAGAUGGUCGAGAUCAUCCAGCGAGAGGCUGCCACCUGCACUCUGCAACAACUGACCUCCAAGUUAAUCCCCGAGGUCAUCGGCCGUGAAAUCGAGAAGGCCACGCAAGGAAUCUACCCCCUACAGAACGUCCACAUCCGCAAGGUCAAGCUCCUUAAGUCGCCCAAGUUCGACCUUGGUGCCCUGAUGAACCUGCACGGAGAGUCCACGACGAACGAGGAGGGUCAGAAGGUUGAGCGGGAGUUCAAGGAACGGGUCCUUGAGGAGGUCUAAUUAUGAUGAACUCUGAACUCUGGUCAUGGAACGGCGUGGGUUUUUGUGCAAUGGCAAUAGGUCUCACUUCUGAUUGCAUUCGGCGCGGCAGGACAGCCGCGGUUACAGCAGGCCCCUCAGGACAGAUAAAAUGAGAAAGGUUAGCUGACGACUGGACGGUUCCAUACGUGAUGCCGUUUUACGUGAAUAUGAGCAUUUGGCUUCCUAUGUUCUGGUAGAGACAGUCUACCUAUCCAGUGUCCCAAUGGCCUAAGAGGUCAUUAGUUAACGGUGCACAUGUGCGAUACCAAUACCAUCACGAGAAUUUGCAUGCAACAAUCUCCUUGCGUCAUAGGAUUGUAUAUCCAUAAUUGUUUCGUGAGGUUUCCGAUAGGUCACAGCUUUAUUACACAACCCCCUACAUAUGGGUUGAAAACAUGAUAUUCCAUAUACAUGGCAUGUCUCACAGGCAAGUCAAGCCGCUCAAUGUAACGAUCUAUCCCUAAUCUGUGUCAUUAAAUAUCGUAAUCUAUCCUAAGCAGUAGUGCCUGGGUACCAAUA